GCUCGAUUGGGUUAGACUACCGUCAGCCACCGUCUAGUAGUUCUCAAUCCGACAUGCCGCUUCUCGUUCUGCGCGUGCCGCUCGCCUCGACCAACAAUACUAGUACAUGCAGUGGCGCUGCACCUCCUGUAGCUGUAGCACCAGCGGCAGAGCAUUCCGACGGCCUACUGUUCGACGGCCUUGCUCUGGGCCACGGUGACGACGUCGACGAUAAGGCCGAGGCGGACGGCGACGACGCAGCGACCGUGAAGCUGGAGUGGCUGAGGUCGCAGAUCAUCGGCGCGGAAGCAGAGUUCGCGUCGCCGUUCGGGACCCGACGCAUCACGUACGCGGACCACACGGCGUCCGGCCGCUGCCUGCGGUUCGUCGAGGAGUUCGUGCUUCGGAACGUCCUGCCUUUCUACGGGAACACCCACACGACGGACAGCUACGUGGGCAUGCACACGAGCAAGCUGGCCGGGGAUGCGGCGCGGUACGUGAAGCGCAGCCUAGGCGCGGGGCCGCGCGACAUGCUGCUGUUCUGCGGCACGGGGUGCACGGCGGCCAUCAAGCGCCUGCAGGAGGUGACGGGCAUGGCCGUGGCGCCCACGCUGCGCGCCGCGGUGCUGGCCGCGCUGCCCCCGUCCGACCGCUGGGUGGUCUUCGUGGGGCCCUACGAGCACCACUCCAACCUGCUCACCUGGCGGGAGAGCCUCGCGGAGGUGGUGGAGGUCGGGCUGCGCGCCGCCGACGGCCUCCUGGACCUGGCCGCGCUGGAGUCGGAGCUGGCGGCGCGCGCGCCGUCGGGGCGGCCCAUGCUGGGCGCCUUCUCGGCGUGCAGCAACGUCACCGGGCUGCGCACCGACACCCGCGCCGUGGCGGCGCUCCUGCGCCGCCACGGCGCCCACGCCUGCUUCGACUUCGCGUGCAGCGCGCCCUACGUGCGCGUCGACAUGCGGUCGGGCGACGCGGACGGCUACGACGCCGUGUUCCUCAGCCCGCACAAGUUCCUCGGCGGGCCCGGGAGCCCCGGCGUGCUGCUCAUGGCGUCGCGGCUCUACCGCCUCCGCGCCACCGCGCCGUCCACCUGCGGCGGGGGCACCGUGCGCUACGUCAGCGCCUACGGCGACACGGUGUACAGCGACGACGCCGAGGAGCGCGAGGACGCCGGCACGCCGGCGAUCAUACAGAAGGUCCGCGCGGCGCUGUCGUUCCGCGUCAAGGAGUGGGUCGGGGAGGCGUGCAUCGAGGCGCAGGAGGCGCGCAUGCUGGCGCUGGCCCUCCGCCGCGUCCGCGCGGGGGCCAACCCCAGCCUGCGCCUGCUGCAGGGCGCCGAUGCCGCCGCGAGCGCGCCCCGCCUCCCCGUGCUCUCCUUCGUGGUCUACGCUCCUCCGCGAGACGGGACCGAGCCCGAGGGCAGGCUGCAGCUGCACUGCCGGUUCGUCACCAAGCUUCUCAACGACCUGUUCGGCGUGCAGGCGCGCGCGGGUUGCGCGUGCGCGGGGCCCUACGCGCACCGGCUCCUCGGCAUCAGUCCGGCGCGCGCCAAAGCCAUCAGAUCAGCCGUCGAACAGGGCUACCACGGGGUUCUGCCCGGGUGGACGCGCGUCAGCCUGGCAUACUACACGUCGAUGCAGGAGGCCGAGUUCGUGCUGGACGCCGUUGCCUUCGUCGCCAGCUUCGGCCACCGGUUCCUGCCGCUGUACACGUUCGACUGGAAAACCGGAGACUGGCACUACGAUCACAGCUGCGCCCGUGGGCUCGUGCCGAACAUCGUCGGCGGCAAUCCCAGUGGGCGAGUCAAAGCCGAGAACUGCUACCAGAGCUACAUGGCAUUUGCGCACUGCCUGGCGGAGUCCUUGGCUACCACUUGCACUGGGCUCAGCAGCGAUCCUGCUAUACGUAUUCCCAAGAGCGUCGACCCACAGUUGGUGUAUUUCCUCGUAUGAGUUGUCAUAGGCGGUGAUACUACUCCGUUGUACGGUGUAAUUGGAUUGGAAUACUGGAGGAUACUACUCCGUUCCGUUUUGACC